AUGGCCGCCUCCUUCUCCAUCUCCAGAACCUUCCUCGCCUCCUCCCCGGCAUCCGCUGCCGCCGCCAAAGCCUUCCUCCUCCCGCCGGUCUCAAUCGCCUCCGCAUCCUCCCUCUCCUCGCUCAAAACCCUCCCGCUCCGACUGACCACCAGAUCCAGACGAUUCUCCGCCACCAGAUCCACCGCCGCCGCAGUCCCCUCAAUCUCCGCCUCGAUCUCCGUCGGCGACAAGCUCCCGGAAGCCACGCUCUCCUACCUCGACGCCGACGACGAGGUCCAGACCGUCACGAUCUCGUCCCUCACCGCGGGGAAGAAGGCCAUCCUCUUCGCCGUCCCCGGCGCGUUCACCCCGACCUGCUCGCAGAAGCACGUCCCGGGGUUCGUGGAGAAGGCGGCGGAGCUGAAAUCGAAGGGAGUCGACACAAUCGCCUGCGUGUCGGUGAACGACGUGUUCGUGAUGAAGGCGUGGAAGGAGAAUUUGGGGAUUAAGGACGACGCCGGCUUGCUGCUGCUCUCCGACGGGAAUGGAGAUUUCACCAGGGCGUUGGGGGUGGAGCUGGAUCUGAGCGAUAAGCCGGUCGGGCUCGGGGUUAGGUCGAGGAGGUACGCGCUGCUGGCGGAGGACGGCGUCGUGAAGGUGAUGAAUCUGGAGGAAGGCGGCGCGUUCACUUUCAGCAGCGCCGAGGAUAUGCUCAAGGCUCUGUGA